AUGGUUACUCUAGAAGAUGCCCAGGCCUCCAACGCCAAGAUCGCCACCACCCUGCCCUCCGGGAUGGUCGCCGUCUUCGUCGGCGGCACCAGCGGCAUCGGUGAGCACACCUUGAAGCGCUUCGCCGAGCACACCAAGAGCCCGCUCAUCUACCUCGUCGGCCGGUCCCGGGAGGCCGCCGACCGCAUCACCUCCGAGUGCGCCCGGCUGAACCCCGACGGCCGCUACAUCUUCAUCCAAUCCGACGUCAGCCUGCUCAACAACGUAUCGCAAGUCUGUGAGCGGAUCCUGUCCGAGACCAAGACCGUCAACCUCUUGUUUCAAACACAGGGAGGUCUGCAGAUAGACACCAUUCCAUCAGGGACCACGGAAGGGCUCACCAAAGCGUACGUGCUUCCCGUCACCUCGCGCAUCCUCUUCGCGCUCAGCCUCCUGCCUGCCCUCCAACGAGCGUCCGGCCUGCGGCGCGUCGUCUCCGUCUUCGCCGCCGGCCACGAGGGCCCGUUUGGCGCGGACGACUGGUCCGGGUACGCCUCGCGGCACCCCCUCGGCGCCCGCGGCCACCUCGCCUCCAUGAUCACCAUGGCGCACAGCGUCCUGGCGCGGCGGGCCCCGGAGGUGAGCUUCGUCCACAACUUCCCGGGCGCCGUCAAGACGCCGUUUGGCAAAGACGCGACGGGCGCCAUGGUCGUGGUGCGCGCGGCGCUGGCGCUGCUCGGGCCGCUGCUGCUCAAGUUCCGCCCGCCGGAGGAGUCGUCGGUGCUGCAGCUGUACUGCGCCACCAGCGCGGCGUUCCCGCCGGCGACGGGCGAGGCGGCUGGCAUUCCUCUCGCGGAGGGGACUGCCGUUUCGGUGGGGAGUGGGGGAAGGCCGGGGAGCGGUAGCUACAACGUGGGUGAGGUUUGUGAGAGAGUGUCCGAGGGCGUCGAGAAGCGGAUGGUCGAGGCGCGCGAGAACGGGGUGGAGGAUCGACUGUGGGCGCAUCUUGUUGGGGAAGUCAAGGAAAUCACCGGAAAGGUGUACUGA